AUGGCAGGCGAGGAGGCAGACGGAGAUAGUGUUUUGAUUGGUUUGAUUGGCGCAGAGGGUGUGCAGAGGGGGAGGAGUCAGUGCAGAGGGGGAGGAGUUAGUGCAGAGGGGGAGGAGUCAGUGAAGGGGGUGGAUUCAGUGCAGAGGGAGAGGAGUCAGUGCAGAGGGGGAGGAGUUAGUGGAGAGGGGGAGGAGUCAGUGAAGGGGGUGGAAUGUGAUGGCUCUCGCCGCCGUCUCCCUCCUCGCCGUCUCCUUCCUCGCCGUCUCCCUCGCCAUCUCCCCCCUCGCCGUCUGCCUCCUCGCCGUCUCCUUCCUCGCCGUCUCCCUCGCCGUCUCCCUCCUCGCCGUCUCCCUCCUCGCCGUCUCCCUCCUCGCCGUCUCCCUCCUGCCGUCUCCUUCCUCGCCGUCUCCUUCCUCGCCGUCUCCCUCCUCGCCGUCUCCCUCCACGCCGUCUCCUUCCUCGCCGUCUCUCUUGUCGGCGUCUUUCUCGUCGCCGUCUCCCUCUUCGCCGUCUCUCUCGCCAUCUCCCUCCUCGCCGUCUCUCUCCUCGCCAUCUCCUUCCUCGGCGUCUCCCUCCUCGGCGUCUCCCUCCUCGGCGUCUCCCUCCUCGGCGUCUCCCUCCUCGCCGUCUCCCUCCUGCCGUCUCCCUCCUCGCCGUCUCCCUCCUCGUCGUCUCCCUCCUCGCCGUGUCCCUCCUCGCCGUCUCCCUCCUCGCCGUCUCCCUCCUCGCCGCCUCCCUCCUCGCCGCCUCCCUCCUCGCCGUCUCCCUCCUCGCCGCCUCCCUCCUCGCCGUCUCCCUCCUGCCGUCUCCCUCCUGCCGUCUCCCUCCUCGCCGUCUCCCUCCUCACCGUCUCCCUCCUCGCCGUCUCCCUCCUCGCCGUCUCCCUCCUCGCCGUCUCCCUCCUCUUUGUCUCCCUCCUCUUUGUCUCCCUUCUCACCGUCUCCCUCCUCACCGUCUCCCUCCUCGCCGUCUCCCUACUCGCCGUCUCCCUCCUCGGCGUCUCCCUCCUCGGCGUCUCCCUCCUCGGCGUCUCCCUCCUCGGCGUCUCCCUCCUCGGCGUCUCCCUCCUCGGCGUCUCCCUCCUCGGCGUCUCCCUCCUGCCGUCUCCCUCCUCGCCGUCUCCCUCCUCGCCGUCUCCCUCCUCGCCGCCUCCCUCCUCGGCGUCUCCCUCCUGCCGUCUCCCUCCUCGCCGUCUCCCUCCUGCCGUCUCCCUCCUGCCGUCUCCCUCCUCGCCGUCUCCCUCCUCGCCGUCUCCCUCCUCGCCGUCUCCCUCCUCGCCGUCUCCCUCCUCGCCGUCUCCCUCCUCGCCGCCUCCCUCCUCGCCGUCUCCCUCCUGCCGUCUCCCUCCUGCCGUCUCCCUCCUGCCGUCUCCCUCCUCGCCGUCUCCCCUCCUCGCCGUCUCCCUCCUCGCCGUCUCCCUCCUCGCCGUCUCCCUCCUCGCCGUCUCCCUCCUCGCCGUCUCCCCCCUCGCCGUCUCCCUUCUCACCGUCUCCCUCCUCACCGUCUCCCUCCUCGCUGUCUCCCUACUCGCCGUCUCCCUCCUCGCCGUCUCCCUCCUCGCCGUCUCCCUCCUGCCGUCUCCCUCCUCGUCGUCUCCCUCCUCGCCGUCUCCCUCUUGCCGUCUCCCUCCUCGCCGUCUCCCUCCUCGCCGCCUCCCUCCUCGCCGUCUCCCUCCUGCCGUCUCCCUCCUGCCGUCUCCCUCCUCGCCGUCUCCCUCCUGCCGUCUCCCUCCUCGCCGUCUCCGUCCUCGCCGUCUCCCUCCUCGCCGUCUCCCUCCUCGCCGUCUCCCUCCCUCGCCGUCUCCCUCCUCGCCGUCUCCCUCCUCGCCGUCUCCCUCCUCGUCGUCUCCCUCCUCGCCGUCUCCCUCCUCGCCGUCUCCCUCCUCGCCGUCUCCCUCCUCGCCGUCUCCCUCCUCGCCGUCUCCCUACUCGCCGUCUCCCUCCUCGCCGUCUCCCUCCUCGCCUUCUCCCCCCUCGCCGUCUCCCUACUCGCCGUCUCCCUCCUCGCCGUCUCCCUCCUCGCCGUCUCCCUCCUCGCCGCCUCCCUCCUCGCCGUCUCCCUCCUGCCGUCUCCCUCCUGCCGUCUCCCUCCUCGCCGUCUCCCUCCUGCCGUCUCCCUCCUCGCCGUCUCCGUCCUCGCCGUCUCCCUCCUCGCCGUCUCCCUCCUCGCCGUCUCCCUCCUCGCUGUCUCCCUUCUCACCGUCUCCCUCCUCACCGUCUCCCUCCUCGCCGUCUCCCUACUCGCCGUCUCCCUCCUCGCCGUCUCCCUCCUCGCCUUCUCCCCCCUCGCCGUCUCCCUACUCGCCGUCUCCCUCCUCGCCGUCUCCCUCCUCGCCGUCUCCCUCCUCGCCGUCUCCCUCCUCGCCGCCUCCCUCCUCGCCGUCUCCCUCCUGCCGUCUCCCUCCUGCCGUCUCCCUCCUCGCCGUCUCCCUCCUGCCGUCUCCCUCCUCGCCGUCUCCCUCCUCGCCGUCUCCGUCCUCGCCGUCUCCCUCCUCGCCGUCUCCCUCCUCGCUGUCUCCCUUCUCACCGUCUCCCUCCUCGCCGUCUCCCUCCUCGCCGUCUCCCUACUCGCCGUCUCCCUACUCGCCGUCUCCCUCCUCGCCGUCUCCCUCCUCGCCUUCUCCCCCCUCGCCGUCUCCCUCCUCGUCGUCUCCCUUCUCACCGUCUCCCUCCUCGCCGUCUCCCUCCUCGCCGUCUCCCUACUCGCCGUCUCCCUCCUCGCCGUCUCCCUCCUCGCCGUCUCCCUCCUCGCCGUCUCCCUCCUCGCCGUCUCCCUCCUCGCCGUCUCCCUCCUCGCCGUCUCCCUCCUCGCCGUCUCCCUCCUCGUCGUCUCCCUCCUCGCGCCGUCUCCCUCCUCGCCGUCUCCCUCCUCGCCGUCUCCCUCCUCGCCGUCUCCCUCCUCGCCGUCUCCCUCCUCGCCGUCUCCCUCCUCGCCGUCUCCCUCCUCGCCGUCUCCCUCCUCGCCGUCUCCCUCCUCGCCGUCUUCCUCGCCAUCGACUCCUUGUGUAA